CCAUGCCUGUAUGGUUGGCAGGUUUUAGAGGUUAGGUAGUCAGCAAAUAGCUACAGAAUACAAUAGCGUUCCCCCUCCCCUCCCUGCCUCCUUCUACUCUGCCUCUUCCUCUCUCCCUCUCUUUCUCUCUCUCUCUCUCUGGCUUUUCUGCUUCCAAACAAACACCUUCUUCCAGGCUGAAGUUCCUUAGGCUGGUCUCCCUAGGAGCAGGAGCUACAACAAUCCCGCAGUUCAAAGUUAAGCAGCAAUUGCACAACUUCCAGCAACUCUCCCAGCCGGCUGCUAAUGAGCUGAAAGCCAGGAACAUCCGAGGAGGUGAAGAGGAAGCCUCUUGCUGGCCUCCUUUUACCGGAGGGAUCCAGGCACCCCUCCCCAGGCCCAGAUCACUUGGAGAUAAGGACUGUGUUAUUUGCUUGACUCCCUGGACAGACCAUGGCUCCCUUUGGAAGAAAUUUGCUGAAGACACGACAUAAGAACAGAUCUCCGACUAAAGACAUGGAUCCUGAAGAGAAGGAAAUUGUGGUUUGGGUUUGCCAGGAGGAAAAGAUUGUCUGUGGAUUAACCAAACGCACCACCUCCACCGAUGUCAUCCAGGCUUUGCUGGAGGAACAUGAGGCCACGUUUGGAGAGAAGCGAUUCCUGCUGGGCAAGGCCAGCGACUACUGCAUCAUGGAGAAGUGGAGGGGCUCAGAGCGGGCCCUCCCUCCGCUGACGAGGAUCCUGAAGCUGUGGAAGGCGUGGGGAGAUGAGCAGGCCAAUAUGCAGUUUGUUUUGGUUAAAACAGACGCCUUUCUCCCAGUUCCACUGUGGCGAACGGCCGAAACCAAACUAGUGCAAAAUAGUGAAAAACCCUGGGAGCUCAGUCCUGCGAAUUACAUGAAAACUUUGCCACCGGAUAAACAAAAACGAAUCGUCCGGAAAACCUUCCGGAAACUGGCUAAAAUUAAGCAGGACACGGUUUCUCAUGAUCGGGACAAUAUGGAGACUUUGGUUCAUCUAAUUAUUUCUCAGGACCACACUAUUCACCAGCAAGUCCAACGAAUGAAAGAGUUAGAUAUGGAAAUUGAAAAAUGCGAAGCUAAGAUCCACUUGGACCGGGUAGGGAACGAUGGGGACGACUAUGUUCACGCGGCGUAUUCAAUGCCCAGGCUCAGUGAAAAUGAGCAAAAGCUCGACUUCCAACCCGAGGACAGCCAGGCUCUGGUGGACCUGAACGACAGUGAGGGAAUGGCACAGCUGGAAGAACGAUUGCAAUACUAUAGAGUGCUCAUCGAAAAGCUCUCGGCCGAAAUUGAGAGAGAGGUGAAGAGCUCGGGCAUCGACGGCAGUGAGGAUCCAGAGUGGGCAGCUGCCAGUGACCUAGAAAGCCCGGAUUUAGAAAACGUGAAGUGCGAUCUGGAGCAAAGUAUGAAAGCCGGUUUGAAAAUCCACUCUCACUUGAGUGGCAUCCAGAAAGAGAUUAAACACAGUGACUCACUGCUUCAGAUGAAAGCGAGAGAGUACGAACUCCUAGCCAAGGAGUUCAGUUCGCUGCACCUUAGCAACAAAGAAGGAUGCCAGUUGAAAGAAACCAGAGGGAAGGAAUCCGAGGCUCCCGGCAGCUGCACCGAGAUCCCUCCAUUAACUCAAAGGGUGUUCAACACAUACACAAAUGACACAGAUUCAGACACUGGCAUCAGCUCCAACCACAGCCAGGACUCUGAAACAACGCUGGGCGACGUGCUCCUAUUGUCAACUUAACGCAGAGGCCUUCUUUCUGACCAUUAGUGACGUUUUGUGUGAUGUAGCAAGUAACUCUGUUCCAUGUAUAACUCUGUGAAAACAUAAACUGUGCUAAAAUAUUCAGUAGUUAAUAAUAAUAAUAAAAAAAGCUAGUGAACAUCAUUGUUUGUUUUCAUAGAGCGUUUCCAAUUUGACUUUCUUACAGGUUCAAGCAAUGAACUGUGUAUCAGGAAUGCAGCAGAUCUAGCUGGUGGUUACAUAACGCAGAAACAAUGUAAUGGGGAUUGAUUAAUGAUUCCCCCAUGUGAGACAUGAGUGACAUGAACUUAAAAACAGUUUCCAACUUUGUUCAUCAAACUAUCCAUACAGCAAGCAUCAAGAAGUAACAUAAACGUGUUUGUCAUUUUUGACAACAUUGUAUCAUGAGAAUGUUUAAGUCUGUAUAGUACAGAUCCAUCACUACAUGGUAUGUGUCAAAUAUGGAUCAAUUCAAAUCUUGUUUUUUCAGUAGUCAGACUGUAAAAUGCACUGUGUGUGUGUCUCUUCUUGGCUGCUGUCUGCUUAAGUCAAGGGACAGGAAGCUAGCUGUUGGGACAUGUAUAAUUCCUGACAGUCAAUCAGUUUGGGCAUACAUGAGACAAAGUCAAGUGCUACAAUCAGCCUUUUUUUCCUCCUUCCCCUAAGCAGGUCUAAGAUGAUCACCAGCUAUGCAUAAGCUUUUACUCUCUGUUCAUUAGAUUUUCUAUCCACCAGUGCUGUGUGCAGGUUCAUUAUUUUGGGCUGAAUAGUGUAGGCUACAGAGGACCUCAGCCAUAAUUUUAUUUAUGCCCUCCUAACUGUGUACGUUGAAGUGGAAUUUACUGUUGUUUGUGUGGAUAAGCAGUGUUUUGUUUUCUGGGAACAUGCAGAGUAGAACUGAAUGUUUAUUCUCGUAUACUACAAUCUAGCUGUCAGGGGACUUCCCGGGUGCUUAAAACAGCUCAGUACUUUUAAGAUGUCCCAAGCACACUAAGGGAAAUUCAAGAAAAGAAUGGAUCAUCUGGAUUCUGUCUUCACUCACAUGAAAAAAUAAUAUUUUUCUUGAUUUUAAAAUAGACGUUUCCUCUCUCUCCUGCCCAUCUGCUAGCUUAUUUUUCCUUCUCAUCUCUCUUCUCUUUCUCCUUUCUUUGCAGUAAAGGCAGGAUGCCAUCAGAGCCAAAGUAAAUAACUUUAUUAUUUUGUUGUGAACUGAAUGUUGGUGUUCCUUAAUUUUCUUUCGUUGGCACAUUUCACUCAUGUCAGGAUACAUAAAGCAGAAAUGUUUGCCUUUUAUACAACUGGAGCAACUUUUAACUGUUCUCUCUUUUUAAGUUUGAAAGUUUUAUAGAUUUUUUCCAGCUUUGUUGCAGAUUCAAUGUCUUUAAUUUGCUCUUAAAAUGCCAUGUCCCAUUCUUUGCCCUUUACUUGCUUCAUGUGUCUUUGGGAAGAUACUUGCAUUUCAAUAGUGUUUCACAUCUGGGAAGCACCUAUGUUACCAUUAAAAAAAGAUAUUUUCAGGCCAUAUAAUAUGAAUUUCUAUUCCAUGAAAAUACUGGGAGAAAUAGUAAGUGAUCAUGUUCACAUAAAUUAUGUUUCUAAAGGAAGAUUAGAAUAGUCAUUUGUGAAAGGCAAGUUCAUCUGGCUAACAGUCCAUCAGAUCACUAAAGCCCAUGCUAAACGGUUGACGUAUUGAUUGUUACUAAUAGAGAUUGAAUUCAGAAGUUUAUCAUAAAUGAUAAGCCAUUUGGUACUUUGUUUUUCUAAAAUGGAAGUUAUCUCUUUGGGUUAUGUGUUUAGAAAGAAAAUAAGUGUUGCACAUCUCUGUAUACAAUUUGAUAGCAUUAUCUAAAAUCAAAUACAGGUAUGAUAAUAACUAGUCACAGUUUCUCUACAGGAACUUUGGAAUAACUACUGGUUUCACGGUUACUUACAAUGAUGGUGUAUAAGUUGUAAUUCUGCAUUUUACUCUUAAGAAUGUUUAAAACUUCUAUUAGAAUCCGGACUUUUUAAACUCAUUGUAGAAUUUGCAUUUUCCUUAAUAUUUAAAAUAUAUUUGUUUUCUUGGUCAUUCCAUUAAGUCACAUAGCAAUUAUUUUCCAUGGUGAAACUCUAAUAGAGUUAAAUAUGAACAUAUUUAUACAGAUAGAAAUAAUGAUCUCAUGAAUACUAUGCUAUUUAUUGUUUAAUUGAUGGUUAAGCUUAUAAAUACAGGACUUGAAAGUUUAAUGCUUUAAUUAUCUUGAGAAACUUAGUGAAUUACAAACCCUUAAGUAGCCUGGCAGAUUAACCAUGAAAUGGUCAUAUGCAGCUAGAAGAGGCAAGUCAUGGUUGACAAUGCUUAUUUUUCCCAGGACUAGGUUCUCAGAGCAUGCCUUGUGCAUUUCCCACCCCCAUCUCUGGUGGCCUCUUUCAUUCUCCUCUUCCUAUACACUGAAAUGCUACUGACUUUCUUUUCUUUCAUUUUAUCCUCUUUUUUUCUUUAUGUUUGUUUUGUUUUUCAAGACAGGGUUUCUCUGUGUAGCCCUGGGUGUCCUGGAACUCCCACUGUAGACCUCAGCCUCCCAAGUGCUGAGAUUAAAGACAUGCGCCACCACGCCCAGAAACUACCUACAUUCAGCGUGCUUAAAAAAGUGUUCUCUUCUUUCAAAUAAUUGUGUCCCAUCUUGGCAGUUCUAAUUUAUUAUCUCUGAACUUACAAAUAUUUUGGAUGUACUUCUUUUGGGCUUCUCUUCUACAUUGGGCUGUAUAUAUUUAUGUAACCAUCUCACUCCACUCACCCAGUAGAGUUUUUAUCUUACUAUUUUAUCAUCUGCCUUUCCAACUUGAUUGGUUAUUACUAACUUCUUAGUCUCUUGUUCCAUUUGUGAAGUCAAUUGAUGAAUUGUAAAGGGCUUUAACAUGUUUUAUGAAUAUUUUACAUCUACAUACUUGUGCAGUUUGUAUAUAAGCAUGCAUGUAAGCAGGCUUAAAAAUAUUAGCAUGCACACACCCUCUAAAUUUAGGCAGUAAAUACUAAAUCUUUAUGUUGCUAUGAAUUUUAUCUAUGUGACAUCAUUUUUAAUUAACAUAAAAAUACAUUAUUAGGGGGCACUAUGUGAUAUUUCAGUACAUAUACAUUUGCAUAAAGUUUAAGUCAGGAAAAGCAUUCAAUUUUUUUUAUUAACAGAGUUUCUAACUUAAAACAACUCAUAUGCCUUUUAAUUUAAUGGCAAUGUUAUAACAUCUAAGCAUGUGCAUAUAAAAGAAAAAAUUGCUUCGUGUUGGGUUUGAAGUAGUAGACACUCAAGAUCUUUUAAAUGCCUAAUUAAAUCUCUGCAUCAUUUUUCUUCUUAAUAGCAAAGUUAUGAUGCUGUAUUAUUAUAUAAAAGCUUUUCUAACCCAUUAAAAUUUUAUUUUUGUAUUUAUUUAAACUUCUACUGUAUAUGACAAAAUAUAUUUCUGUGGCUACAUUUUAUAAAUUUUCAGAGUAGAAUUAUUGUUAUAUUUAAAACAUAUUUUUCUAGUGACAAAGUAAUGCAGCUUAAUCCCGAGAUAGCUUUAAAAGUAACAUUAGA